GGAUGGAUGGAUGGAUGGAUGGAUCAAUUGGUGCAUAGAUGGACUGAUCAGACUUAUUGUGGCCAAAACAGAUUUCUGACUAAUAUUUUGACCCUUUUUUGUAAAGACACACAUUAAAGGGAAAGCGUGCUAUGGGUUUCUUGAUAGAAGCACUGGUUAUUCCAAAUGCAUUAUUAAGAUAAAAAAAAAACCUGUAUCCCUAUUUAUACAUCAAAACAACUAAUAAACUCAGAACUACAUAAGCUUACAUUCUUUUGGCUGAUUAUUUGUUAUAGAGUGAACAUGCAGGAAGCUCUUAGCUUGUGUGCAUUUAAUAGCAAAAUAGAUUUUCUUUUAUUACUUGAACUAAUGGAGAAACCGUGGGAAAUUGACUGACUUCAAUCUCCGGCUGAUUGGUGCAUCUGUCUGCCAUUAUUCCUUACAUUUUCUCAAGUGCCUUCACAUGAAUGUGACUCUUUCUUAUCCACACAAUCUCUCUACCCUUUUCUUUCAUCCAUCCUUCACUUUUUAAUCCUAUUGGUGGGUUCAUUUUUGCUGCUUUCUCACUCAGUCACACUCAAUAUCUCAUUUUCUUCCCUCAACCCCUCCUCUUCUAUUAUUCCUCCGCUCAUUCAUUCAGUCUCGCCUCGCCCUCCUAUUUUUUUCUUGUAUAUUCUCCUCCUCAUAUAUUACCAGAAACCCCCCCUCCCAUGCCAACCCCCUCUAGCCCUGCCUAUCACACAUCAGUGGAACAUGUAAAUAUAAUGCCACGUGGGGGUGCAGGGCUACAGGUGUCCUAUAUCACACAGAGCUUCCAGAACCCACUCCCCACCUGCACCCCCUCCUCCUCCCCCUAUGCCAGCACACCCCCCUCCACCCCGCUCCGUCGCUCCUCUUCUUCUGAGCGGGCUGGGCUGCAGCAGUUUUAUGAACGGCACGGCAGCAUCAUGAUCCCCUUCGCGCCGAUGGCGCCCCGAGCCGUUUCAUUGACAAACAUUGCGGCUCCAACGUUUCUGUCGCGGACAGCGUCGAGGAGCGGAGUGUCUCCGCGGAGAGGAGCAGGAGAAGAGGAGCAGAGGAGGCAGCAGCUGCAGUGAUCAUCAACAACAACAGCCGGCGCCGUUCACACCAGUUUAGAAGCUGUUGAUUCGUCACUUGGACGCAGAGUGGGUCUUUACGCAGCCUCUGGUCUUCUGCCACACUAUCUCGGGACACUUUGAAGAAAAAAAAAAGAUAAUCACCUGAGUGGGUUGUCAGACAGUUUUUUCCACUCAAGACCCCACCAACCCCCCUCCCUGGGGGAUGGGAGGCGGCGUCGUUAAGGUUCAGGCGCUGGAACAUUUCUGCACCUACUUCCAUGAGGCGCCCGGACGCGCCGAUGGAGGAUUCUGGAUGUUUUCUCAAAACAAGCCCCGCGGACAUCUGCGAGCCUUCGCCGGCCCACUGUGUGAUGCGAACUGAGUCGUGGGUGGCAUAGAACCCCUCACUUUUACCCCCCUCUCCACACAGGCACGCACACCCAUACCGGCUUGUCCGCGAACACUCCCUCCAGCCGGGACGCACAGCCUCGUUUCACGCCGCCGGGGUGAGCAGCAUGUCCCGGGCAGCGGCGAUCGCCAGCUCCCUGAUCCGCCAGAAGCGGCAGGCGAGGGAGCGGGAGAAGGCGAACGCCUGCCGCGGCAGCAGCAGUCCGAGCAACAGCAAGGGUGCCAACGAGAAGCCGAGCAAGCUGAAUGUAUUUUCUCGAGUCAAAUUGUUUGGAUCGAGGAAGAAGAGGAAGAGAAGGCGACCACCAGAGCCCCAGCUAAAGGGCAUAGUGACCAGGCUUUCCAGUCGCCAGGGCUUCCAGCUACAGAUGCAGUCGGAUGGCACCAUCGAUGGAACCAAGGAUGAGGACAGCGCCUAUGCCGUGUUCAACCUGAUCCCCGUGGGGCUCCGUGUCGUGGCUAUCCAGGGCGUCCAGACCAAACUCUACCUGGCAAUGAACAACGAAGGCUUCGUCUACACCUCGGAACACUUUACCCCGGAGUGUAAGUUCAAGGAAUCGGUAUUUGAGAACUACUACGUCACCUACUCCUCCAUGCUGUACCGACAGCAGCAGUCAGGCCGGGCGUGGUACCUGGGACUCAACAAGGAGGGAGCAAUCAUGAAGGGAAACCAUGUGAAGAAGAACAAGGCCGCCGCACACUUCAUACCGAAACCACUCAAAGUGGCCAUGUACAGGGAGCCCUCCCUCCACGACCUGACAGAACUCUCACGCUCCGGCAGCGGCACCCCGACCAAGAGCCGCAGUGCUUCAGCCCUGCUCAACGGCGGCGGGAAGACGCCCAGCAACGACGACCUAUCUUAGCCUCUGGACUUCCUCGCCGAUGCUUUCAAACACAAGCACUUAUCCCAACAGGAACAAACGCUCACCCACAAACACACAGAUCUCAGGCCAACAUUCCCAUUACUUCUGAGAGGUAGGAGGAGAUGAGGUCGAAAAGCGGGAAGAACGAGUUCUUCCUCUCCUCAGAGCCCACUGUGACUGACUGUGAUGUACAUAAAUCAAGGACAAUCAACCCCUUUUGGCUCCACUGCCCCCGGCGUUGUGGGGAGGGGAACUUGAGGAUCUCCUCCCUCCGACCCUAACAAGAUCCUACAGAAGGAGGGAGCGAGACAAAGACGGGACAGACAAGUUCAGUCAGUCACACAGUACGUUCAACAGACUGUUACAGAGAACCAAAGAGUUAAAGUAUUACCUAACUGGGUAUAAAAGAGAGUUACACGGAGUUACAGAAGUGAGGAGGGCAGUCUUUAUCUACAGGUGCAAAUCAAUAAAUCAAACGUCAAAAAGUUUUUGUUUUCCAAUAACUCAUUUCCAAAAAUGAACCUCAUAGAGUAUACAGAUUGAAUACACAACAUACAUCUAUUUUUUAGGGUUUAUUUUAGUUCAUUUUGAUGAUUACUACUUAAAGCUAAUUAAAAGUCCCAAAAUUCAAUAUCUCAGUUGACUAUAAUAUCACAUAAGACCAACAGUUAUCCCUAUUGCCUGUGCACUGCUAUUCUACCUCGAUUUUCCUUCAACUCAAUUUUCCAGUAAUAUGCUUGGAUAAAGCACUCUUUCAAUAACCAGCGUCUUUAGCAGUAAAUUGUUCUGACUUUUAUUGUGGAAGGUAUCACUCACUGCCAGCUCGACAACUGUCAAGUCAGCAGUCUUUUCCAUGAAUGAGGAGGCCAGACGCAUUGGCAAUACCAUUUCUGUAUUAAAGUCAUUUUUUAUUGGUUAGACAGUCAUUGGCAUCCUCCAUAUCAAGGGUAAACCAAUAUAAUGUUAUUGAUGAAGAAACUCACUGUUCAGAGUGCUGCAUCUGAGCACAAUAUUGGAAGGUUGAGUGGAAGGAAGAAGUGUGGUUGAAGAGUGGUUGAAGAACAACAGGUAUAGCUAAUUAGUCUCAUUCCUAACUGUGUAGAAAAAGAAUAAUUUUGAGUUUUCUUGAACUGUAGGAAAUAUUUCACCCUGUGUGCAAUGAAACCUAUUUCCGUAGUUCCACUUUAUGAACUGAAUUAUUUCAAUAAAUACAUUAUUGAAAUGCA